AGACGCGAAAGGAGUUGUUUCCGAUGAACUUGUUGAUCUGUCGAAGAAUUGUGGCUCGGAUUCGUUCGUGUGUGGGAUUGUCCUCUACAUUCAUAAGGAAUGCGGUGCCUUCGGGCUCGUACCGGCGAUGCCAAACUUUGUCCAGCAGCCCGUACUAUUCGAGAACCGACCUCAAGGGAGCCGUCUUAGGAAUGAUCGAAAAAGACGUUAAAUCUAAAGAUUGGCGGUUGUUUGUCUCCACAUUGAGUGGCGAUCAAUUGUUAAUAGUUCUAGAGACGCUCGAUGAAUUCGGAGCGGAACUGUCGGGAAAAACUCUGGUAACAGUCCUGACGUAUCUUGCAAAAUGUUCUGCAUCUUCCGGAGAUUUGAGGACCAUCCAAGAAUGCCGUCGGUUACUUUUCAUUCUCUGCGGACCUGCAUCGGUGCCAAGCGUAUUGAAUUUCCAGCAGUACGAUGCAGAGUUCUUGUGGUUUGUUGAGAAAGAUUUCUCCUCUUCUGUCGACAUCUUGACCAAGCUAUAUUGUCGGUAUCCGAACGAAAAAAGAAAAAUCAGCAGUAUGGCAGCGCAUUUCAUGUGGGACGCCGUGACUAUCCCGGUUGAAGAAAAAUUAGUUCGUUUGAAGAACCUCGUGGACAACGUUCGGAUUUUUUUCAAAGGAUGCUAUAACAUUCCGGCCCUUAAUCUUUGGAGGCCAUGUUUCUUGAGCAGCAAUUUCAGUCUUCGACGGAUGGCCGAAGUUAUAAUUGAAGAGAACCCGCGUUGUAUCGAAAUUCUACCGGGAAAGGUUGUGAAUCUCGUGAAGGACGCCGUUGAUCGAGAUGACGUAGAUUUUUAUCAUCGGAUGAUUGAGCUUGUGUUAAAAUACCCCAACUUGCACGAUUACCUCGCGCCACUCCUGAAUGGUCUCCUUGUCCACCAUUGUGUUCGAGGAGACGUGAGAAACGUCGAAGAAGUGGUCAAUUCAAUAUUAACUUUUGGGAUCCGGAUUUCACCCGAAAGUUUGCCGCUGUUCCUCAAUUUUUUGUGUUCACAUCGUGUCAAGAUCCCCCGUGAGAUUCUUCAGAUGAAGUAUGGUAUUCACGACAAACCCAAUCCCGUAUUCCGGUGGGAUUGAAACUUUUUUUUAAUCGUCGCAAGGUCAUCUUGAAAGUCCUCGUUCGUUUUUACAAUUUUUAUUGAAACCGCGUAUUCUGAUUUACUUCAAUUUUACUUCCUCUUGUUAUCGCACAGUGAUCGUCGCUAAAAUAUCGGAUUUUUUUCUCGAAGUUCGACAAUUCUUUACACCGGAAUCCAUGAGAGAAUAUGGACGUUUCCUUUGCUCACGGAGCGUUUUUAUCUUGUUUUUACGUUGCUGCUUUGUACAUCUGGACACCGAAACCUGGUUUACCAAGAGAUGAUCCCAGAACCGUCAAGCGAAGGUUUGCUAGCGUGUGCGUGUCCUGCAUCGUCUCUUGCAUUUACACGUAUACAUUUUCCGAUGCAGAUAGUUUCGAGGAAUUCAAGGAUCUUACUGGACUGCGAACGGAUCAUCUUAUGUCGGCGUCAUUUCUACCGGUGUUAUUGACUUCGCUUCUGUUUUUAGGACCCUUGGUUGUUCUCUGGCAGGAGCAAAUGAUUAAAAAACUAUGUGAUCUUAGCUAUUGGAGGGGAAGCAUUUUCGACAUUUUCUGGCUGAGAAACUAUGUCGUCGCACCGUUUUCAGAAGAGCUUGUGUAUAGAAGUUGCUUGAUUGCCAUGUUGUCUAAAUCCACGAGAUGUUUGCGUCUUGUGAUGGUCUCGCCGCUAUUUUUUGGCGUAGCCCAUGUUCACCAUGUCAUUGAUAGCGUGGGGAAAGGAAUUCCCGUGAAAACUGCUUUACUGAUGGCAGUGUUCCAAUUUGGGUACACGACACUUUUCGGUGCUUAUUCCUCAUUUUUACUCAUGCGCACUGGUCACUUCGUAAGUCCUCUGAUAGCUCAUGCAUUUUGCAAUGCAAUGGGCUUCCCCGACUUCACUGCUAUUUGGUACUCCGAUGGAAUUGAAGGACGCAUUCGUCGAAUGGCGUUAUUUGGAGGCUUUUUAGCUUGGCUUGCAUUACUAUAUCCCUUGACUGAUCCACGGUUAUACGGAGGCAGCGUGCACUGGACGCAGUGUUGACGACGGUGUUGUGGGAAUCAAUGUGUUCAGAAUUUUACGGACAAAAUUAAAAGAAGCAAUGUUGUACCAGUGAAUCCUACAGUGCUUUUCGUGACGAAUCCUGAUAAAUUUCGGUGAUUAGGAAGCGGCGAUGAGUGCACUAUUUUAUUUACGCAGUGUUGCACUUCCGAUAGUGCGUUCACGGCCCUGUGUGAGUUUUAUUUAUUAUUUUACUCUUUGACCUCUGUAUGAUCGUCUUCAAUUUUGUUACUCGGGAUUAGGUUUCGUGGCUUUCUGGUCGUAUAAUGUCGAGUGAAGUAGAGAAGGCGCGGAAAGCAACGAAAGGUGGCGAGACGAUAUUUUCGAAAAUUAUCGACAAAGUUAUACCCGCGGAUAUUAUUCACGAGGAUGAGCAGUGCAUUGCGUUUCGUGAUGUUAACCCGCAAGCCCCUGUUCAUUUUCUUGUGAUCCCAAGGAAACGAAUCGCCAUGUUGGAUGAUGUGAAUCAAGAUGAUGCCCAGCUAUUGGGACACUUGCUACUCGUUGCGAAGGACGUGGCCAAGAAAGAAAACCUUGUGGAUGGAUACAGACUUGUGAUCAACAACGGGAAGGACGGUGCUCAGAGUGUGUUUCACUUGCACAUUCACGUUAUGGGGAAGCGACAAAUGGGUUGGCCACCCGGUUAACCGGAACGAAAUUAGAUCCGCUGCUUAUAUGAUAACUAUCCAGUUCGGUAUUCUUCAUUCGGUCUUGCGGAAAGGAAUCUUCGGACGGUCUAGUGAACAUGUGUUGAGAUUCCGCCGCGUCUAAAAUUCAAAGCAAGACAGAAAAAAAUAAUUGGUGAAAUGUUUUCCUUUUUAUUUUUUUUGGCUUGCGUUAAUAUUUUUAAUGCAACACUCGACGGAUAUAAUUGAAUAGUAAUCUGCCGACAUGGCGGACGUGACGAGUAUCGGAGGAUCAUCGCGUGAAAAUCCGUUGUCGCGGAAAUUGACGAAAAUCCUCGACACGAGGCUAGAGACAGAUAAGGACCUGUUGGAUUCAUUGAAUGAGCUGUCCAAUUUCUUCACCGAAAACAAUCUGCGAACCAGGAGAAAUCUCCGUGGAGACAUUGAAAAGAGAAGCCUCGACAUCAACAAGGAGUUUUUAGAAAGUUUCCGAGAUAUCAAAGAUUCUUUGGAAUUACUGUACUCGGAAACGAAAAUGAUGAACCAGACUUGUGUCCAAAUGCGGGAUCGCCUCAUCACAAGCAAAACGUCCGUUCAAGACUUGAUCUCAGCAACGAAUGAGCUGAAAGUGGAAAGAGAAAGGAUCGACGUUCACAAAGCGUUAAGUGACGGCUUCUGUCGUACGUUUUUCCUGACUGCGGAGGAGAAGAAAUUGUUGAGUAAUGCCAGGGAUUCUGGGGGAAUAUCGUCGGAGUUUUUUGACGCUCUGGACCGAGCAAAAGAUGUGCAUCGGAAUUCUCAAGUAUUGUUGCAGACUGGGCAGCAAAAAGCUGCCCUGGAAAUUCGAGAAAACAUGGCGUUGUUCCAGGAAAGUGGCCUGGAGAAGUUGUAUCGAUGGGCACAGCAACAAUGUCGCAUGCGAGUAGGACUAAAUUCACCCACUGAAAUGAGUCCAUUGCUCGUGAAAGGCAUGGCUUAUCUGCAGGAUCGUCCGGCUUUAUUCAGGUACAUAAUUGAGGAGUAUUGCACUUACCAGAGAAAUGAAAUGGUGCGUGGAUUCAUCGAUGCAAUGACUCGUGAAGAUGAAGGGAGGAAGCCAAUCGAAAUGCAAGCGCACGAUCCGCCUCGUUAUGUGGGUGACAUGCUGGCUUGGGUUCAUCAAACGGUGCCUUCCGAAAUCGAGGCAUUGGAUCAGUUGCUCUCCAAGUGCAAAGAAGGCGUUGGAGGUGCGUCCGAGACAUUGAAAGAGCUGAAGUUGAAAAGCAUGGGGCAGAUCACGGAAGGACUAUGUCGGCCCUUGCGCACUAGGGUUGAGCAGGUUGUUCUGUCUGAACCGGGUGCUGUUCAACUUUCGAUGCUGGAUUCCACAGUUACUUUCUAUGUCGGAACUUUACGACAAGUGCUUCCAGAAAAGGGUGCGUUGAUGGCGGCACUUUCAGACUUAGCUUUGCUGACUCACAAAACUUUCCUGUCAGCGUUGAGUACUCAGGCUGUGACACUCGCAGAAAAGCUCAAAACUGGUGUGGUUGAUGAAACCGAGAACAUUGUCGGAUAUUUGGCCCCUCUUCCGAUUGUUCAUACCGUAGCAGCGUUGUUGAAAGAUGUGUUGCAAGCUCAGUCCAUGCUAGAGAUUGAGCAACGAGAAGUGCCAUUGAUUCUGAAUGCCGUCCUAGAUCCAUUCCUCACCGUCUUGCAAGAGAGUGUUGUCGGGAUGACAACGGCUGAAUCUGCGGCUUACAUGAUCAACUGUCUAUAUUUACUUCAUUCCACCCUUUCACUUUAUAACUUCACGAACGAGAAGGUGGGGAAGCUGAAGUCGAUGAUGGAUGCAAAUGUAGAUGCAUUGACGAACGAACAAGCUUCAUUUUUGGUGCAACGACUCGGGCUCGGGCAGAUUUACGUGGUUCUUCAGCAGCGUGCGUCUGGUGUUUCUCACGGCAACGUACCUUUGUCACAACUGCCGGGAAUGGAUCCGCUUGCGAUUCAGACAUUCAAUGCAAAAUUCAACGCGUAUUUGGCUCAUGUGGAUAGCUUGACUCUUACGCAAGUUUCGGCAGUGUUGAGUGCAACUGCAAGGAAUGCCAUCCGCCAAAAAUGUUCGCAAGUGCUUCUCCUUAUUUAUAAACAACUUCACAAGGAAGUCAAUGAUCCUGCUAACGGCUACGAUCCGACGAAGAUGCUGACCAGUUCUCCAGAGCAGAUCGAGACGCUUAUUCAGUGAUUUUUACCAAGUGAUUACACCGUGUCGAAUGCACCGUUUAUCCUUUCACUGUGUUUGAAUUGCAAUACGUUGAGGUUGGUUUCAAUGAAAUGGCUUUUGGGGUGUGGAAACUUCAUUCGUUCUUUUAAUUUUUGGGUUUUUCUGGUUCAAAUGCACAUUUCUACACGAUGGAUUUUGAGCGUUUGUUCUGGAAGAUCCUAGUGAUGCCUGAUGAUGUAGGGCUGAAUUAUGUUUUUGUACGUCCAAGGAGAAUGGAAUUCGAUUGCGCGUUAUUAGACGCUCGUCUCGAGAGCUGCAAUUUUUUGUUGAACAAAAUCGCUGGACAGCAAUGGACAAGUGUUGGCGGAAUCGUGAAAUUACGUGGUGUUCUGUCGGCUGAAAGAAAAUAUUUGGAAAAGGUGAAAAGGGAUCCAAAUGCUAUUUGUAAUCCAGUGCAAGCAUUAACUAGCUCAAACUUGGAUCAUUUCGGUGGGCUUGUGGAUUCUGUCGAGGCUUUGUUGGCUGUUGGGAGACGAUGUCAGUCUGUGAUGAAAAAAUUCCGGCGAGAAGAGCCGAAUUCUUGCCUUGACGUUGACGUUGUGGCAGAUGAAGGCUCGACAUGGAUUAAAGUUGUUGCUAGGAAUCCUAUGGGAACGUUCAGCGUUUUUAGAGAUGCAUCAGAGACUGGAUACAGAACAAUUGUAGGCGUUGGAGAACUUUGGCUAGAGAUGGCGUCUCGCAACCCGCUUCGCUUUCGACCUCCUCAGGUAGUUUUUCAUUUUAUCAAGGGAGUAAACAAAAAAGUAGCCGACGCGCUGGACUCCAUCGGUGUGCGAGUUUCAGGGAUUAUUUUCCCAUCGACGGGAGACUUUGAUGUUGAUCCGGCGAAACUUCGCCACGUCGAUAAUUUACCACCUGAACCGGAAAAGGUUGAAUUUAACAGAUUGAAUUUAGAUGUGACGACGCUUAUCGCAUAUGUCAGCGCUUUGUCCAACAAUGAAAUCGGCUGUGAUGCACAGGGUCGUAGAAUCAGGUUCGAAAACCCCACUUUGAAACAGCAGUUGCAGUGGGAGAUGGAAUCGCGGGUGAAGAACCGGUUGGAUGAAAUUUUUGAAGGAAAACAGCUGUUGUGCUGCAAAACAGCGUACAUGGACUUCAAGAGUAUCGUGACAACGGUUGGAGGCCCGAACGAGAAAAGAUGGGCAGAAGAAUUGGAGACGAAGCUUAUCGUUGUUCCGGACAUAGUCGAAAGCAAUUUGUCGUCUAAAGUCCGGACAUUUUCAAGUGGAAAAAUCCGUUCAAGAUCUCUUGUAAUUUUUGGCACUGGGGAUGAGAUGAAAAUCCCAACUGUAACAGGGAACGUCGCAUUUUUGCGCAGUGUCCACGAUCUGCACUUGAACUUGGUGACUAUCACUCACCAAACGCGAGCUUUGAGUGAGAUGAAGGAAAUCCAGGUGGACGAAAAGGCUGGAAGUUUUGGAAACGUUUGAUUUCCCAGGGACUUGGAGUGCUGGAGCCAAGAGCCUGAAGCAGAUAAUUUUUUGCUGGAGUGGAAUGGAGCCUUGAGCAGGAAAAUUUUUCUGUUGCUCUGGUCCAAAAGCCUGAUGAAAAUUAUUAAAAAGAGGAAAAUUUGCUUUAAUACCCCCUGUUAUGUCUGACUGGCUGUGUUAAUAAAAAUACCUCCCCUCCAAUUUAUUCCUCGAACCAAAACAUGCAUCUCCGUGUUGUUUGAUUAUCAGAUACAACGCCUGUGGACUCCGUCUACCAUGAAAUUCGAGGGACAAGAAAUUUUUUUUGUAGAGAACCAUUAUAACACGGUGGGGGAGGUAUCCCUAAGUUUGUUGUGCAGAUACAGUUUUGGAGAGAGUUAACCUGUACAAUAUUAGAUUUCGAAAUGGGGGCUUUGACGCUUUCACGGAUCUCUCCUGCUGCUCAAAUUAAUUUUUGUUCCUUUUCUGGCUUUUCAUCAAAUCUGUGUAUUUGUAUCUUGUCUAUGGUUUCCAUUCAUAAAUUCAUUCAUUUUGUUGCGCAGUAACAGAAAUUUGAGGCAAUAAAAUGGCUAAUGUGAGAACAAAUGAA